AUGAUCUUCCAGCUGCAUGAGGUCCUGCGGCUGCAGACCCGCCGGGCUCCGGAGGACGAUAGCAGGACAGCAGGCUCUUUACUCCGCUGCUGGAGAGCAGAAGCUGCGGCUCGGCGUCUCCGGUCGUGCAUGUCCCCACUGGAGAGGCGGAGGUUUGCAGCGACCACCGCGGGGAUGAGCCUGAUCCUGACCCGGAUCCUGCAGCUGCUGCUGCUGUGUGUCUGCGCCCAGGUUUCUUCAGCUUCGGGACACUUUGAGCUCCAGAUUUCGUGGAUGCAGAAUGUAAAGGGGCAGCUGCAAAGCGGCGCCUGCUGCGAUGGAUCUGGCAGCGUGGCAGAUGGACGCUGCACUGCGGACCAAUGUGACACUUAUUUCCGGGUCUGUCUAAAGGAAUACCAGAUAAAGGUUUCCCCGGUGGGGCCCUGCAGCUUCGGCGUGGCCUCCACACCCGUGCUCGGUGGGAAUAGCUUUUCUUUAAGCACUUCUCACAACAACAAAGCCAAGAUCGUGAUGCCAUUCAGCUUUCCAUGGCCAACGGCGUACACUUUGAUUGUGGAAGCCUUGGACUUCAACAAUGACUCUUCCUCUGGCAGUGUUGGUGGGGCGGUAAUUGAGAAAGCCUUCCACUCUGGGAUGAUCAACCCCGGCCGGCAGUGGCAGAACCUGGAGCACAACGGCCCCGUGGCUCAGUUCCACUUCCAGGUCCGCCUCAUGUGUGACGAGCACUACUACGGCUUCGGCUGCAACAAAUUCUGCCGGCCAAGGGACGACUUCUUUGGUCACUACGAGUGCGACCACAAUGGCAACAAGAUGUGUCUGGAGGGCUGGUCUGGACCGGACUGCAGGACGGCGAUCUGCAGGCAGGGCUGCAGUACACAACACGGAUCCUGCAAAGUCCCUGGAGAGUGCAAAUGUCUGUAUGGCUGGCAGGGGGAAUACUGCGACCAGUGUAUCCCUUAUCCUGGGUGUGUUCAUGGCAGCUGUUUGGAGCCUUGGCAGUGUCUCUGCGACACCAACUAUAGAGGACUGCUGUGUGACAAAGACCAGAACACAUGUGGAACGCGUCAGCCGUGUUUGAACGGAGGAACCUGCAGCAACACGGGACCAGACAAAUACCACUGCUCCUGUCCUGAAGGCUUCUCCGGGGUCAACUGUCAGAUCGGGGAGGAGGGCGCUGAUUCAGAGCCUCAAACCCCGCUGUGAGGCUCUACUGGAAGAGAAGAGCU